UCACACACGGUCAUUUACAUUUCAGUCAUUUAGCAGACGCUCUUAUCCAGAGAGCAACUUACAGCAAGUGCAUUCAUCUUAAUAACAUAGCUUGGUGAGACAACCACACGCACACUCAUUCAGAUCAUUCACCAAGUCACAACCCCCGUGGACCACUGGGGCGUACUCAGGGACGUGGACCACUGGGGCUUACUCAGGGACGUGGACCACUGGGGCGUACUCACGGACGUGACCACUGGGGGCGUACUCAGGGACGUGGACCACUGGGGCGUACUCAUGGACGUGGACCACUGGGGCUUACUCAGGGACGUGGACCACUGGGGCGUACUCACGGACGUGGACCACUGGGGGCGUACUCAGGGACGUGGACCACUGGGGCGUACUCAGGGACGUGGACCGGUUGGGCUUACUCAGGGACGUGGACCACUGGGGCGUACUCACGGACGUGGACCACUGGGGGCGUACUCAGGGACGUGGACCACUGGGGCGUACUCAGGGACGUGGACCACUGGGGUGUUCUCAGGGACGUGGACCACUGGGGCGUACUCAGGGACGUGGACCACUGGGGCGUACUCAGGGACGCGGACCACUGGGGUGUUCUCAGGGACGUGGACAACUGGGGCGUACUCAGGGACGUGGACCUCUGGGGCGUACUCAGGGACGUGGACCACUGGGGCGAACUCAGGGACGUGGACCGCUUGGGCGUACUCAGGGACGUGGACUGCUUGGGCGUACUGAUAUGAUUCUCUAUUCUAUCUGAAGAGGGCACCGACAGACACUGCAGCUCUGCCUCAGCUCCUACGCAACUUCACAGUAUUUUUUUUGUUUUGUGUUAUUUCUUACAUUAUUAGUCUAGAAUGUUUUUUUGUGUUAUAAAAUACAUCCGGACAGAACUUCUGGAUAUCAGAGAGUGGUAACUCACCAGCAUUACGACCAGAAACACAACUUUCCCGAGUUGGAUCCCAAGGCAACUAAAUUUAUCCCAGCGGCUGCUCCAAGACGCCGUCAGUGGAGAAGAGGUAUUCGGAGUGGACUUCUAGUCCGACUCGGGAGGCGUGCACACCAUCCAUCGCUUCCGACUAUAAUUCCUGCUAAUGUUCAUUCCCUGGACAAUAAAGUAGAUGAGCUCAGGGCGAGGAUAUCCUUCCAGAGAGACAUCAGGCACUGUAACAUACUCUGUUUCACGGAAUCAUGGCUCUCUCCGGAUAUACUGUCCCCGUCCAUACAGCCAGCUGGGUUCUCAGUACAUAGCACAGACAGGAAUAAAGAACUCUCCGGGAAGAAGAAAGGUGGAGGUCUAUGUUUCAUGAUUAACUACUCAUGGUGUGAUUGUGGUAAUGUACAGUAACUCAAGUUAUUUUGUUCACCUGACCUAGAAUACCGCACAAUCAUAUUACCGCCCAAGAUAAUUAUCUUCGGUUAUAGUCACAAACAUGUAUAUUCCCCCUCAAGCCGAUAUCACGACGGCCUUCAAGGAACUCCACUGGACUUUGUGCUAACAGGAAACUACAUAUCCCAAGGCCACAUUUAUUGUAGCUGGGGAUUUUAACAAAAACAUUUUGGGAGGAAAACAUUACCGAAGUUCUAUCAACACAUUGCCUGUUGUACUUGUACUUCAAAAACUCUCAACCAUUGUCCCUCUCCCUUUCGGGAUGGCUACAAGGACCUCCCCUGCCCUACCAUCGGCAAAUCAGAUCACACCUCCCUUUUGCUCUUCCCUUCCUAUAGGCAGAAACUCAAACAGGAAGUACCCAUGCUAAGAUCUAUUUAAUGCUGGUCUGACAAAUCGGAAUCCAUGCUUCAAGAUUGUUUGAUCACGCGGACUGUGAUAUGUUCCCGGGUUGCCUCUGAGAAUAACAUUGACAUAUACACUGACACGGUGACUGAGUUCAUCAGGAAGUGUGUAGGGGAUGUUGUUCCCACUAUGACUAUUAAAACCUACCCAAACCAAAAACCGUGAAAGCGCGAACCACGGCAAGGUCACUGGAAAUAUGGUUGAGUACAAACAGUCCAGCUAUGCCCUCCGUAAGUCAAUCAAACAGGCAAAACAUCAGUACAGAGACAAAGUGGAGUCGCAAUUCAACUGCUCAGUGCUCAGACAGGGACUCCAGACAAUGACAAAUUACAAAGGGAAAACCAGCCACUGACGACUUGCUCCCAGACAAGCUAAACACCUUCUUCACCUGCUUUGAGGAUAACACAGUGCUACCGACGGAGCCCUCGGCCAAGAACUGUGGUCCUCCGUGGUCGACAUGAGUAAGACAUUUAAGCGUUUUAACAAGGCUGCCGGCUCUAGACGGCAUCCCCAGCCGCGUCCUCAGAGCAUGCGCAGACCAGCUGACUGGAGUGUUUACAGACAUAUUCAAUCUCUCCCUAUCCCAGUCUGCUGUCCCCACUUGCUUCAAGAUGUCCACCAUUGUUCCUGUACCCAAGACAGCGAAGGUCCACAGGUCCGAUACAAUCACCAUCACACUACUCAGUGCCCUAUCCCAUCUGGAGGAAUACCUAUGUAAGAAUGCUUCAUUGACUAUAGACUAUAGUUAGACUAUAGCUCAGUGUUCAACAGCAUAGUAACAUCUAAGCUCAUCAUUAAGCUCGAGGCCCUGGGUCUGAACCCCGCCCUGUACAACUGGGUCUUGGACUUUCUGAUGGGCCGCCCCCAGGUGGUGAAGGUAGGAAACAACACCUCCACUACGCUGAUUCUCAACACUGGGGCCCCACAAGGGUGAGUGCUCAGCCCCCUCCUGUACUCCCUGUUCACCCAUGACUGAGUGGCCAUGCACGCCUCCAACUCAAUCACCAAGUUUUCAGACAACACAACAGUAGUAGGGCUGAUUACCAACAAUGACGAGACAGUCUACAGGGAGGAGGUGAGGGCACUGGAGGAGUGGUGCCAGGAAAAUAACCUCUCCCUCAACAUCAACAAAACGAAGGUGCUGAUCGUGGACUACAGGAGACAGACGAGGGAGUACGCCCCCUAUCCACAUCAACUGUGCUGCAGUGGAGAAGGUGAAAAGCUUCAAGUUCCUCUGCGUACACAUCGCUGACGAUCUGAAACGGUCCACCAACACAGACAGCGUGGAGAUGAAGGUGCAACAACAAUCAGGAGGCUGAAGAAAUACAGCUUUAGACCCUCAGAAACUUCUACAGAUGCACCAUUGAGAGCAUCCUGUCGGGCUGUAUCACCGCCUGGUACAGCAACUGCACCGCCUGCAACCUUAGUGCUUUCUAGAGGGUGGUGCGGUCUGCCCGAAUGCAUCACCGGGGGAAAACUAUCUGCCCUCCAGGACACCUACACCACCCGAUGUCACAGGAAGGCCAAAAAGAUCAUCAAGGACAACAACCACCCGAGCCACUGCCUGUUCACACCGCUAUCAUCCAGAAGGCGAGGUCAGUACAGGUGCAUCAAAGCUGGGACCGAGAGACUGAAAAACACCUUCUAUCUCAAGGCCAUCAGACUGUUAAAUAGCCAUCCCUAGCCGGCCUCCCCCCAGUACCCUGCCCUGAACUUAGUCACUAGCCGUCAAUAGCCGGCUACCACCCGGUUACUCAACCCUGCACUUUAGAGGCUGCUGCCCUAUAUACAUAUACACACCUAAUGUACCUACUGUCGACAUGGAAUCACUGGUCACUUUAAUAAUAGACCACAAUAAUGUUAAACACACUGUUUUACUCAUUUCAUAUGUACUGUAUAUAAUGUAUUCUAGUCAAGUCCAUCCUAUUCAACUAUUGCUGUACAUCUACUAUUCUAUCCUAUGUAUUCUAUAGAUAUACUAUAUAUUCCAUCCACAUCCGGUCUAUAAUGUCUAUACAUCCCAUCAUAUUUACAAUGCAUUCGGAAAGUAUUCAGACCCCUUGACUUUUUCUACAUUUUGUUACGUUACAGUCUUAUUCUAAAAAUGGGUUCAAUUGCCCCCCCCCCCCAUCAAUCUACACACAAUACCCCAUAAUGACUAAGCAAAAACAAGUUUUUAAAAAUGUUUGCUAAUUUAUACAAAAUGUUUUUUAAAUAUCGCAUUUACAUAAGUAUUCAGACCCUUUACUCAGUACUUUGUUGAAGCAUCUUAGACAGCGAUUACAGCCUUGAGUCUUCUUGGGUCUGAUGCUACAAGCUUGGCACACCUGUAUUUGGGGAGUUUCUCCCAUUCUUCUCUGCAGAUCCUCUCAAGCUCUGUCAGUUUGAAUGGGGAGUGUUGCUGCACAGCUAUUUUCAGGUCUACAGCGAUGUUCAAUUGGGUUCAAAUCUGGGCUCUGGCUGGCCUACUCAAGGACAUUCAGAGAGUUGUCCCGAAGCCACUUCUGUGUUGUCUUGGUUGUGUGCUUAGGGUCGUUGUCCUGUUGGAAGGUGAACCUUCGCCCCAGUCUGAGGUCCUGAGCGCUCUGGAGCAGGUUUUCAUCAAGGAUCUCUCUGUACUUUGCUCUGUUAAUCUUUGCCCCGAUCCUGACUAGUCUCCGAGUCCCUGCAGCUGUUGGAACUAGGAACACUAGUAUUUCGCUACACCCUUAAUAAAAUGUCAAACAAAGACAGAAGGAUGUUACAUUACAGAACGUUGACAUAGAAAUUGUUUUGUAGAACAGACAUUAUUGUCUGUUAGAUAGAACGGGGAAUGGUGUCCGCUCUCGGCAACCAUAAGAGCAUUUCAAAACCUUUAAUAAACCUCUGGAUUCUGUAUGUGUUUGAUAUCCUGACCGAACCCAUGUCUCCCUGUGGUUGACUGACAUGCAGUCUGUCCA